AGGACGAGGAAGGAGUGGCACAGAAACAAAAGUGAAACAAAAAUUGCAAGUUGCUGUCACGGACAGUCAGAUGAAGGAAAGCUCUUCUUUUCACUUUCUUUGAUAAAAUGGAUGAAUACCCACAUCCUUUAUUUUUUGAAGCCAGGGAUCUGAGCAAGAAAGAAAAAGGAAAGAUCCACCUAUAUUUUCAAAAAAAAAGGGAUUCAGGAGGAGGUGACUGUAACGAGAUACAGAAGAUUGGAGACAAUACGUAUAAAAUCUGUUUCAGGGCAAAAGAAGAUCGGGAAAGGGUUUUGCAAAGAAAGUCUCACACCAUCUGUCUUCCUGAUGGAGAACUGCAUCUGACUGUGAGCUUAAGCAGCUCCCAACAGGCUUCAGAUCAUCCAUCAACAAGUCAUGGUCAGACAUUCACCAAAGCAAACACAAAAGAACUUGAGAAAAUUUUCCAACUUGAGACCUUCCUCCUGUUUUACCUGAGAGAUUGCCCCCAAGCGUUGAAGUUUUUACAGAAGCAGCUCUCUACUAUUGACUGCAGUGUGACGCUAGAUUUUGAAUCAGAGGAGGCAGUGGUGAAAGGAGAUGUUGCAAAGGGACCAGGAGGAGCUGAAAAAUGGGAGCAUCAGGUUGAUAAGAUAUUCAUUGAUCUCACUGAGAAAUAUACGUGCCAUCAUGUGUUUGAACCUAAACUAAUCAAGAAGGUCCUGCAGGACCUUUCCCAUGAGACUGAUGAUAUACAAGUGUACUAUGAGAAAGGUUAUGUUGUGGUGGUGGGAGAGACUGAUGAAGUGAAAGAGAAGGUUUCAGUUUUAGAGAAGGCCCUUUCAACCACCAUGGAGCUACCAAUCAUGGAGAAACACCUCCAACUGAUAGAAGAAGAGCUCAAAAGAGAAAUGCAAGCUGAUUCUCCAGAAGUUAAAAUCACUACAGGUGCCAACGUGGUAAUCUUGGAAGGUCCUAAUGAGAAAGUAAAGUCAGGAGCUGCAAAGCUGGAUGAAAUGGUCAAAAAGAUAAAGGAGAAGAGACUUCAGCUCCCUUUAUGUCUGUCUGCCUUCAUGAAAACCAGCAAUGCCAUCUCCAAGUACAAAGCUCGAUUUAAGCAGAGUUUUAGAAGUCCUGUAUCCCUGGAGCUGGAUUCUGACCUGCGUCUGUCCAGUCUGUCCUCUGUUUCCCUUGAGGAGGCAGAGGCAGCACUUCUCAGAGAGAUCGCUGUGAUCAAUGUUCAGCUGCCGGCAGCUGCCACUGUGACUCCAGAGCUGAAAAAAGUCUUUAACAAGGCCAAAGAUGAGGCCAACUCUGUGGAGCUCAGAGUGGAGGUCAGCUCCAUCCCAGGUGUCGACAAAAACACAGUGCAGCUAGUUGGCUACAGACAAGAAGUGAUCAAACUUAAAGGGUUACUUGAUGAAUAUCAGUUGAAUCAAGCUCCAACUCAGGAGACCCUGAAACUGCCAGAUCCAACUCUGGUGGACUGCUUUGAGGAAAUUUUGAACAGGAUUGGAGUGAAAAUAACCAGUGUCACAUUAGAGACCUCACACGUCCCAUAUCCAUGUGUGGUUCUGUCUGGUCCCCGGGGGCAAGUCAAGGAUCAACAUCAGGUUCUCCAGUCUGUUUUAGCCAACCUUACAGUAGACUCUUUAGUUUUAAAUGGGCCAGGGGCUCUGCGUUAUUUCCAGGGAGAUGGAAAAGUUAGCAAAAAUUUGGUUGAGAAUUCCAAUGAGGUCCUUAUCAGGACGCAGCAAGAAGUGGGCUCCCCAAAUGUAAACACCCAACAGCUAGGCAGCAGCAGCACUACAAAUGUGACAUCACACAGACCAUCCCAUAACAGACAGAGCAGGAGCUUCGUUGGAAGUCCCACAGCCAACAAAAUAAAUCUAAGGAUCAGGCUUUGCUGUCUGGAGGAUGAACAGGUGAAUGUCAUUGUGGCUCCCAUGGUUGCGAAUCAGCUGACGUCAAAUAAUAUCAGUAAAUCCCUGCUUAGAAAAGCGGGCAGCACGCUUCAAUCUCAGUUCUCAGCAGCAGCAACCUCUGUUCUCCACCCUGGAGACGUUCUUCAGGUUCCUGGACCUCCAUCUCUGGGAUGCUCCAAGAUCUUCUUCAUAGAGUGCUUGCCUUGGGAUGGAGUUGGAGGACAAAGUGUACAGGCUCUAAGCAAAGGGCUGCAGAAGUGUUUUGACCUCUGUGUACAGCAAGGAUAUGGCUCAGUUGCCAUACCAAUAAUUGGACAUGGAAUUGUUCUAAAGUACCCUCAAAUAGAAGCUAUUAAAGUGCUGACAGAGAAGAUUAACGAGUUUGGAUUAUCUGCAACUUCAGGAUCUCUCUACAGCAUCAACAUUGUGAUCCAUCCUGAUUAUCGUGACUCUGAUAAGGCUUACCAUGAGGUGCACAAAAAGCUCUGCUCAAGUAUGAAUCAUGCAGGUGAAGCAAUAUUCAAGUCCCUCACCAGUGACCUUGAUGAAUUCAUCAUGGCUUUGGGAGGAAAGGUUCAACUGCACCUUGUGUUUGGGGACAUCACCAACGAAACUACAGACGUUGUGGUGAACACAACAGACUUCACCAAUUUUCACAAUGAGGGGGUGUGCAAAGACAUCCUAACAGUGGCUGGACCGCAGGUGGAGGCAGAACUGAAAGCAGCCAAAGUGAACUGUGGAGACAUUUUUGUGACCCAGUCUGGGCUCUUCCCUUGUAAAGCGUUUUUUCAUGUUUGUGGUGAAAAAGAUUCAAAUCUCAUUGAGAAACUUGUAGGCAACAUCAUAAAUCAAUGUGAGAACUCUGGGUUUGAAUCUGUGGCCAUUCCUGCAAUCUGUGCUGGGGCUGGAGGGUUGGACCCUGGUGUUGUAGCAGGUGCAGUCCUCCGUGGAAUCAAAACUGCAACGUCAUCCAGGAAUCUUAGCAAACUCACCUGCAUCCAUCUUGUCCUGAUUAGGAUGAAGGUUUUCCUAGUGUUCAAAGAGGAAGCAACACAGAUGUUUUCCUCUGUUAUUAAGAGAGCUGUGUCAGCACCUUUGAUGCAUCAAGUACAACCUCAAUCACCUCCUCAGUUCAAAGAUUUGAAACUUACUUUCAAAAGUUCAGGAAGUCAGCAGUCCACCUUCAAGUUCAUUGGUCUUGGUAGAGAUAAAGUUGAUGCUGCCAUGAAAAAUCUAAAGAGCCUGUAUGAGGCUCAGUGUUCCACUCAAACCAUCAGCAAAGAAGACAUGAAGGUCCUCACCCAGGAAGACAUUACGGCCUUUAAGCAGCUGGUUGAGUCUGAGGGUCUAUUUAUGAAGGAGGACCCAUCAGGUGGCCUAACAGUGACUGGACUGAAAGAUGGAGUCAACCAGUUGAUGUUGAUGAUUCAGUCCUGUCUGCAAGGCAGAUUGAGAAUAAAGGUGAGAGUCACAGAGGAGGAAGAUUUGUAUAAUCGCAUAAUGUGGUGCAUCUUGGACCAAAACGGCAUCUGGCAAAGACUUCCAAAAGUAGCGAACUACGAUCUGGAAAAGAAGGAUAUAGCAGAAGGAAUAGUGGAUGCACAGAAUGUCACAUGGCAAGUAAAUCUGCAGGAGAUGACAGCAACUGCAACUGGUCAGAAGACCAAACUGAAGCGUCUUGAAAAUCGAAUGGACUUUAGCUUUCCUCUAUACUGGGAUAGCAUGACUGCAAAUGAGUCCAUUACAGCGGUUCCACUAAAGCAAUCCUCUGCAGAGUACAAGGUUGUGAAGGAGGCUUUUAAAAGGACUGCAAAACAGACUGUAAAAAAGAUCGAGCGCUUACAGAACAUUCAUCUGCGACGGGCCUAUGAAGCACAAAAGAAACACAUAGCCCAUAAGAAUGCAAAGCUUGGAGGAGCAGGGGAAAAGACUCUUUUUCACGGGACAACACAUGAAAACUGUGACUCCAUCAUGAAAACUGGGUUCAACAGGCGCUUCGCAGGACAAAAUGCAACGGCAUAUGGGGAAGGAACCUACUUUGCUGUAAAUGCCUCCUACUCAGCACAAAGCACUUACUCCAAGCCAGGUGCUGACGGUUCUCAGCUGAUGUUUGCAGCUCUGGUGCUGACUGGCGUCUACGAUCAGGGCCAAAGUGGCAUAAAGGUGCCUCCACCACGCAAUGCUCAACAACCCCAUGAACGUUAUGACAGCGUGGUGGACAAUCUGAGCAAUCCUAACAUGUAUGUUGUGUUCCAUGAUGACCAAGCCUAUCCAGAUUAUCUCAUCACCUUCAAGUAAGAGUUGAUCAAUUUUUUUUUCUUUUAACUAUUUGCAAAACAAAUUAGAAAAUGUCUUUUAUUAAGAUUAAAAUAUACUCAUAAAUAAUACAAAUAAUUUUGUGAAAAAAACUAAAAAAUAUAAGCUUUUACCUUUCAACCAAUUCAAAAGAUUUUUUUUGUAAAAUCUUGCUUUUUUUCCUUUUGAUCACUAUUGAUUGUUUUCAUUGUAUGUGUUUAUUUCUUGUUAUUCUGAAAAAAUAAUGUUUGUAUAAAUUAAAGUUUGGACUUCAUUGAAAAAAGGGUUUUCAACUCCAUAAGUUGUUAAACUUCUUCCAAAGCCCUUUUUGAACUUUGCAUAUUGGGAUUUAUUAAACUUCUUUUUGUAAAGCUUGAUUUGUAUUUUGUCAUUUCGAAAUAAAAAAAAAAAA